AUGGCGGAGACCUGGCCCCUUGUCCCUACUCACUGGCAGGUGUCCCUGGGCCUGGGCAUGAGGCUGGCAGAGGGUCAGAGCCCCCCGCGCACCCCCCUCCUGCUGCUCACGAUCUGCGUGUUGCUGGCUCCGGCCCGGUGUUCUCCGGGCAGGCCCUCCUGGCGCUAUGUGUCCUCGGAGGUGGUGGUCCCUCGGAAGGAGCUGUACCAGGGCACAGGAGUCCCCCUACCCGGAUGGCUGUCCUACAGCCUGCGUUUUGGGGGCCAGAGGCACGUGAUCCGCAUGAGGCGCAAAACCCUGUUCAUGCCCGGCCCGCCACUGCUGCUGACGCAGGACGAGUACGGCAGCAUGCAGGCCGAUUACCCCUUCAUCCCGGCCGACUGCUACUACCUGGGCUACCUGGAGGAGACCCCGCUGUCCAUGGUCACGCUGGACACGUGCUACGGGGGCCUGAACGGCAUCAUGAAGCUGGAUGACCUCACCUACGAGAUCAAGCCCCUCAAGGACUCCCGGCGGUUUGAGCAUGUGGUCUCUCAAUUGGAGGCUGACGCCCAGGCCACGGGACCCGCAUCCCCGCCGGGAGACACGGAGGACCUGGAGCCGCUGCUGCCACGGCGAGUCAGUGAGUCUCCCAGGUUGUCGGCCCAGCUAUACGCCACCCACCACGGCCACAUCCAAGGCCUCUUCAUGAGCUCUUUCUCCACGUACUCACUGUUCCAGAAUGUGACGGAAUGUGCCAAGUUUCUGGUCCGAAUAGGCAGUUUGAUAGACACCUUUCUGCGUGGCAUUGAUCUGAGGGUCUACGUCUACAUCUUGCUUAUCUUUAAUACUAAAGAUCCAGCCCAGAUGAAUGAUUACCGGGUGCCAGGAGGCGCGUUUCAUACCUACUAUAGGUAUUAUAUAUAUUUGGAACUCUUCCCCGACGUGGGUUUUAUAGUGAUAACAGGAGGGCCAUUAGACCAUGACUUUUCACCAAGUGCACGUGCUAUUUGUAACGAUGAAAAUCUGGUCAUGCUUGGUCACGGAGACAGACACUUCCUACUGCUUUCUAUCACAGCAACCAAUCACCUGGGGAGAAUCAUUGGUCUGUAUUACGACACCCCAGAGUGUGUCUGUCAGAGGAGAAGCACCUGCCUCAUGUACAGGUACCCUGAGGUGACAGACUCUUUCAGUAACUGCUCCUUUGCACACAUGAGCACCCUCUUUUAUAACUCGUAUGGCAAGUGUAUGUUCAGCAGCAUCGUACCUUACCCAAACAGAACCCGGACACAGGAUCGCUGUGGGAACCGGGCAGUGGGCCCCAGGGAGGAGUGUGACUGUGGCUCGCUCAAAGAGUGCUCCCUUGAUGCGUGCUGCACGACUGAGUGCCAACUCACCCCCGGAACCCAGUGUCACGUGGGCGACUGCUGUGAGCACUGCAUGCACACCCCCGCCGGCAGCCUCUGCAGACCCAUCAUGAAUAUAUGUGAUCUUCCCGAGUACUGCCUGGGCACACACCACGCUUGCCCCGAUAACACCUACGUCCAGGACGGUACCCCGUGCUCCGAGGAGAGCUACUGCUUCCAGGGGAACUGCACUGACCGCACCAUGCAGUGCCAGGAGAUCUUCGGUCAGUCUGCCAGAAACGGUGAGGGCUGCUACAUGAUUAAUGCACUCGGCUAUCGCUAUGGACACUGUGGUCGGAACCCUGAAAACCGGAUCCCUAAGAAAUGCGACUGGGCAGAUGUGCAGUGUGGAAGGCUGCAAUGUACCAACGUCACCAAUAUUCCCCAGCUGCCAGAGCACGUUGGGUUCCACCAGUCUCUGGUCAGAGAGGAUACAACGUCCCUGUGUUUUGGGCUGGAUGAGCACCGAGCAACAGUGACCGCUGAUGUCGGCCAAGUGAGGAACGGAGCCCCCUGCUCCAGAGGAAAGUUCUGCAUUAAUAACAAAUGUGACGGAGUGAUCAGGGAAUUAACCUAUGACUGUACUCCUGAAAAAUGCAACCAUCGGGGAAUCUGUAACAAUCACAAGAGCUGCCAUUGCAGGGCUGGCUGGAAGCCCCCGAAAUGCACUGUUCCAGGGUCCGGUGGGAGUAAGGAGGGCGGACAACCUCGAUUCCGAAAGCUGCUCGUAAUACCAAACAAAGCAAAACUGAUAGAGCUUAGAGUUAUCUUUUGUCGUGUGUAUAUGUUUGUGGCUGCUCUUCUUCUUGGCGUGGCUGCGAACUCAAAAACUAUCCUGGCUGAACCCGGGAAAGAGGAGAAUGAAGCCAAAGAGGCACAGGGAAAAGUGUGA